GGUCAAUGACGUCAUCUGAAAGAUGAGUUAUUGACUUCAUGAAUGUGGUAGUAAAGUUGAAGAUGUAUAAAUGUAGUUUGGAUUUUUUUUGAAUCGACCAUGUUGAAAAUGGAAACUGAUAAGAUUAUUGAAGACACAAACACUAAUUCGCAGUUCCCGAUGACCAUCCUGUACGACCCGGCCCGGAAGAAGGAGCCCUCGUCGCAGUACGCGUCGGAGCGCGAGACCUGCAUCAAGUACUUUGAGAAAUGGAGCGAGCAGGACCAGGUGGAGUUCGUGGAGCACUUGCUGUCGCGGAUGUGCCACUACCAACACGGCCACAUCAACUCCUACCUGAAGCCGAUGCUGCAGAGAGACUUCAUUACACUGUUACCAAAGAAGGGCCUGGACCACGUGGCGGAGAGCGUCCUCUCGUACCUGGACGCUGACUCACUCUGCUCGGCGGAGCUGGUCUGCAAGGAGUGGUACAGGGUCAUCUCGGAGGGCAUGCUGUGGAAGAAGCUCAUCGAGAGGAAGGUCCGCACCGACUCGCUGUGGCGGGGGCUGGCCGAGCGGAGGGGCUGGAUACAGUAUCUGUUUAAACCCAAACCUGGGGAAGGCCACCCAAACCACACAUUCUAUAGAACACUGUUUCCUAAAAUCAUUCAGGACAUUGAUAGCAUAGAAAAUAAUUGGCGGAUGGGCCGGCAUGUUCUGCAGAGGAUCAACUGCAGAUCGGAGAACUCGAAAGGUGUAUACUGUUUGCAGUAUGACGACCAGAAGAUAGUGUCGGGCUUGCGAGACAACACCAUCAAGAUUUGGGACAGAAACACGUUGCAGUGCACUAAGGUAGUGCUGACGGGGCACACGGGCUCCGUGCUGUGCCUGCAGUACGACGACAAGGUGAUCAUCAGCGGGUCGAGCGACUCGACGGUGCGCGUGUGGGACGUGUUCUCGGGCGAGAUGGUCAACACGCUGAUCCACCACUGCGAGGCGGUGCUGCACCUGCGCUUCAACAACGGCAUGAUGGUCACCUGCUCCAAGGAUCGUUCGAUAGCCGUGUGGGACAUGACGUCCCAAACAGAAAUAACGUUACGAAGAGUCCUCGUCGGUCAUCGAGCCGCGGUCAACGUCGUUGACUUUGACGAGAAGUACAUUGUGUCGGCCUCGGGCGAUCGCACGAUCAAGGUGUGGAACACGUCGACGUGCGAGUUUGUGCGGACGCUGAACGGCCACAAGCGCGGCAUUGCGUGCCUCCAGUACAGAGAUCGCCUCGUCGUCAGCGGCAGCUCCGACAACACCAUAAGGCUGUGGGAUAUCGAAUGUGGAGCGUGUCUUAGAGUGUUGGAGGGUCACGAGGAGUUGGUGCGGUGUAUACGUUUUGACAGUAAAAGAAUCGUUAGCGGAGCGUAUGACGGAAAAAUAAAGGUGUGGGAUCUCAUCUCCGCUCUAGACCCUAGAGCACCCGCAAGUACGCUCUGUUUACGAACCUUAGUGGAGCACACCGGCCGCGUGUUCCGGCUCCAGUUCGACGAGUUCCAGAUCGUGAGCAGCUCGCACGACGACACGAUCCUCAUCUGGGACUUCCUGAACUGCAGCCCGCCCGACGGCACGCCCCAGCAGGCCGCCCGCUCCCCCACACGCACGUACACUUACAUCUCAAACUUUUGAGUGACAAUCCUUCAGUGCUAAUGCUUCAAUGUGAUAUUAGAGGCUCUUUCCCUGCGCGUGUCCCCGUGGUGCGACCUGCGGUGCAUUGCACGGCUUCAGGUCGUGACGGUGUGUUCUGUUGUGUGUGCAGCAGGGGUGCGAAGUAACUGUGCCCCACAGCGAGUCUCGCAGUCAUGACGGCUGGCUGGCGGCGUGUAAAUAAUAGUGUGUCUUAUGCAGUGGCGUAGCCAGGAUUCGUGUAUGGGGGGUGUUAAGUGUGGGGUCCGGGAUUUUAAGGUGUAAAAUAGUGCUAUUUUAGCAGUUUUCAGUACUUAAAUUUAAAUAUUGUAAUGCUAAAAAUUUUAUUAAUAUUUAAUAUGAAAUUUGUUUGAGUGAUGAAUAAGAAAUUUAAUUAAAGAUUUGGGGCUAAGGGGGAAGGGGGGUUUGAACCCCUUAAACCCCCCCCCCCCCUGGCUAGGCUGGCCUCAAUGCCCAGCCAUUAUCCAGUCCUUAGACUUAAUGGGAAUCUCGAGAAGAAUCAAAGGCAGUGUAUGGUUCUAGUAGGACGUUACCUUUACUUGUCAGGUUUAGCAAAUGUUGUGUUAAGUUUGUCAACACUAUCGUUAGUCUUAACUCCAGUUGAAUUUUAAGUCGGGUUCUUACACAAAUUUGGACUUCACAAAACGUCUGAAACGUUGAUGAACUUAAAUCAUUCCGAAGAUAUGAUUAGUACUGGUGCAGUUAGUACGGUUGAUAGGUUUUAGUUAAGGGGCCCGCCUACCUGGUCACACAGAUGGUGCGCAGAGCUUCAGGAAAAACAACGCGAUUUCAAAACUACUUAAGAUAUCCUAGUGGGGUGUGUUUACGAAAAGCAUUUAAGAGUUCGCUGAGGCCCGAAAAGUACUUUUAAUUUUGGAUCAUGUUUUUAAACUGUAUUUCUAGAAGAGUUAAAAUGGCUAAAACGCAUGUUUUCAGAGUAAUUUUUAGGCGUAAAACAACCAGUACAGAUUAUUAAAAGCACUUAAGGGACUUAAAUUACACCUUUAUCUUCAUUUCUCGGCCAUAUAAUGUUGCGGUCACCGCUCAAAUUUCACAGUUAUCCUGUGUCGACGAGAAGACUGCGCGCCAGUCCAGAGGCGACACCGCGCUAGAAAUACCAUCGAGCGUCGCUCUUAUCAUCCCGCCUCACUAACACACAUACACCCCUGACGAGGCGGGCCCCUUAAAGGAUAGUAGAGGUGAGGCGAUGUGGCAGGCCAGUCGGCCCGUCGCAACAGGGGUCCAGGGGAGGCCCCUGACUCCCGAACAUGUAGCGCCUGCCCCUCGGAGCUUCCAGUGUCACGUCGGGAAUUCUGAUAUAUUGCGAUUCUUCAAAGGGCUGCAAGACCUUCCCAGGUCAGGAUUUCGCAGGUAUUUAAGAUGAGGCCAGCCUGCGGUGAGUCGUGUGGGACCGGCUGGUGGCGACAGCAUAACAAAAUUGAUUCAUUGAUACAUCCCCUCAAGUAUUUGGAUGAUAAACCUUGUAAAAAAAAAUAGAUAAGGAGUACCAUGCUGGAAAAUAAGCCUUGACCAAGAGCCAUAAAUUAUGUAAGAAAAAAUCUCAAUAGCCAAAGAAAUAAAUAGUAAAAUUAAGGAUUUGGUUUUUAUAAUCUGCAUCAAAAAUGUCAGCAGAGUUUAGGAUUACAUUAAAUAUAGUUGCCAAUAAUUCCAAAACUAAACAUUUUGUUUUCACAAUAUUAGAUUCCAGGAUUCAAAACAAUGUGAAGUCGUGUGUUGUCUAUUCAUUUUCUUCUUGUCGAUUCAUACUCUUGGUAAUGGGAAACAACAUUUUGAAUUUUAAAUUCUUAUACACAGUAAUAACUUAUUGCCAUUCCCGUAAAACAUAAAGAUAAAAAUGUAUUGUAAUGUACCUAUAUUUGAAAUAUGACUGUAAAUGAAUUUAAAACAGGACUAUGGGAAUCUACAAUUUUUUUUUUAUGUAUAAAUCCAAUUCAGCAUUUUAUUUAAAUAGAUAUAUGAUUUGCCUCUACCUUUCAGUAUUAAUACAAUUUUUGUGCUGUUUGUUUGUCCAUUGGGUUUGUCUUAUUUCUUUGUACAUUCUAAGUUCUUGCAUGUAUGUCCUGAGAUGUUACUUAGCAAUUCAAGAUGUACAUAUGCGAGUUGGGAAGUUUCUUGAGCGUAGUGCUUUACGUG